CGCGGGGCGGCGCGGAGGCUACGAGAGGGGCGCUGCCUCGGCCCAGCCUCCGCCCGGCUGGGGGCCCGCGCCGUCCGCCUUCAUUCCGUACCCAUUAGGGAGGCUCCUACUGCGUGCGACGCCGGGAGGGGUCUGGCGAGCCGCCGACUUCCCGGCCAGCCCGUUGGCAGUGAACGGGCCGCGACCUCGGGCGGACACUUGAAGGCGGCGCCGGAGACACGGAGGCGGGAGUGAGCUCACAUCCUCCCCGCCGGCCCGAGGCGGGGCGGGGGCGGGGCUUGGGCGGGCGGGGGCGCGGCUCCCCGCUCGGGCCUCGCCCUCCGCCGGCGUUCGCCUCGUCUUUCCAGGAACCGGCCGAGGGGCGCGGCGCCAGCGGUGAGGCUCCAGCGCCGGGUGCGCGGAGUGGGGAACGGCGUGUGCACGAGUGCGGGAGCCUGAGUGUGCACGGGCGACGGCGGGUGACCGGGCGGGUGUGCCGGUAACAGCGUGAGCACCGGGGUCCACGUACUUGUAAAUGGAGUUGGUGCCACCUCAAGUUGGUGUGUGAAUCUGCCUCUGUUGACAGUAGCUGGUAAAGCUCAUGUGGCCUGAAAAACUCCACAGAGGUGAAGAAUUAAAAUUAAUGAGCAGUUCUUCAAACUGGGUCUUCUAUCCGUGUUUCACAACCUCAGAAAACCAGCAGGAUGGCUGCAAACAAGAGUAAGAGCCAGAGCUCCUUGGCCCUUCACAAGGUGAUCAUGGUUGGCAGUGGAGGGGUUGGCAAGUCGGCCCUGACUCUUCAGUUCAUGUACGAUGAGUUUGUAGAAGACUAUGAACCUACCAAAGCUGACAGUUACAGAAAGAAAGUGGUUCUCGAUGGAGAGGAGGUCCAGAUAGAUAUUCUGGACACCGCUGGACAGGAGGACUAUGCAGCCAUUCGAGACAACUACUUUCGGAGCGGGGAAGGUUUUCUGCUAGUGUUCUCAAUUACAGAACACGAAUCCUUCACAGCGACUGCUGAAUUCAGGGAACAGAUCCUCCGUGUUAAGGCCGAAGAAGAUAAAAUUCCAUUGCUCGUCGUGGGAAACAAGUCCGACUUAGAGGAGCGGAGGCAGGUGCCCAUUGAGGAGGCAAGGAGUAAAGCCGAAGAGUGGGGUGUGCAGUAUGUGGAGACAUCGGCAAAAACGCGGGCCAACGUGGACAAGGUGUUCUUUGACUUAAUGAGAGAAAUCAGAGCAAAGAAGAUGUCAGAAAACAAAGACAAGAACGGCAAGAAAAGCAGCAAGAACAAGAAAAGUUUGAAAGAAAGAUGUUGCUUACUGUGAAUGCCAAGAUGGUGGAUGACAUCAGUUGCCGCUAAGGACACAGGGCUGGGUUGGUAAAGAGAAGACUGUAGUUCAUUUCUUGGUUGUGCUUCCUGCUCUCCCCAACCUCAUUCACGCAUACUUCUUUAAAUGGGGAAAAAUUUUUGUGACUCAAUGGCUGGCGGAAGAAAUGAGCCCCUGUCCGUGCAGUAGAACGGCUGCUUGGUCAGGAGGUUUUGGAGUUUCUUCUCUCCUUCCAUCUCUCCCUCCCUUCCUCCCUCCCUACCUCCCUGAAGCUUAACUACAUAUGCAGUGCUAUAGAUGGGAAAGUCAAAUGUUAAUUAAAAAGAAAAAGUAUUGUCAUAGCAUCUUAUUUUGUUCCUAGAUUUAUAACAUUACCGUCUUCUUGUUUUGAAAGAAUAGUGUCUUAUUAGGUUUUGGAAGAGUGGGGUGGGGUAAGAUUCCCUCCCCUGCCCUUUUAUCAGUUUAGCAGUAGUGCUAAGAAAAAUCCAUUAAGCUCUAAUGACACUGAAAAAUCUGGAGUUUUUUGGAUAAAUUUCUUGGCAAUACCCUGUGGAACUGAAGCAUAGCUGAAAAAAUGAAAUUGAAUUGUGCCAAAUAGGUCAACACCAAGCUCAUAAAUCCUCCUCACAUAUGAAAAAUGAAAGUCGUGAGUUGGUUUCUUCAUAUUUAAAUAUUGGCCAAUUAUAGUCUGUAUUGGUUCUUUUUCUCCUGCAGCAUCCUGAUUUUAGUGUAGGAACCUUUUUUUUUGGUGGACUAAGUGAAGACUCAAGAGUAGUAUAAAUGACAUACUUUUGCAAUCAGAUUUUUUAAGUUCUUUGGCUAAGUCCUCUCCUAAUUGCUGGUCGCGUGGUUAGGCUUUACCUUCUCCUGUGGUAAUCAACUGAUGCAUCUGUCUUCCAAUCAACACUCGUGUGCAGAGGGUGAGUGGGCCUCCUCUUUAGUGACUUUGUGUCACGCAAAUUCUUCUGAAAGUUGUGAUGAGUUAAAGUCAUAUUCUAAAAUCAUGAAGCCGGAGCCUAUGCCAGACCUUCUGCUACCUCUGAUAGAGUUGUGCUGUAAUUCUAGAUUUAAAAUUAGAAGAAGCAGGGAAAGAUAAGUUAUUGCCCCUUUACCUCUGAGAAUUGGCUGCUGUUUCUAAUACAUUUUCUGAGAUAUCUAUGUAGUUAGUUAGAAAAAGAUUUUCAUGAUGAGAUAUUAUUAAUCUUUCUUCUUGUAUCAGUAUUCCAUAUUCAGCAAUCAGAAACAUUUUUUCAGGAAAGGAGCAAAAAGGAGCAGCAGGAUAAAAGCCAGUGUUCAGCACGUUUUUUUCCCCAUUUUUCAGAAGCAAUAUUUCAUGUGUAGGUGCCAAAAGUGAAUUGGGGUGGGGAGAGCGGGAACCUUUUGAAUUUAUGGUUAUUACAAAGAUUGUAGAAAUUAUGAUCUGACUGGAAAACAAUCUUGUAUCACCUCCCAAAAAAUCAUGGGCUUUUUUUGAAUUAAAAGCAGAUAAAUACACUUUUUCAGGA